AAACCCUCGCCACCGUCUCUUUCAUAAACCCUCUCCCACCUCUUCUUCUUCUUCUUCCUCCGAAACGCCGUGCGAAGAUGGUGGCGAUGUCGUCGAAGCCCAAGAAGCCGCCGCAGAACGCCGGCGGCUCGCAGGACGUCGAGCUCCUGAAGUCGGACGUGGCCUCCUUCGCUUCCUCCCUCGGCCUCUCCUCCUCGCUCCCCUCCUCCGGCUUCAACGACGCCGAUUUCCGCAGGAAAGGCCCGCUCAAGCCGCGCGACGCGGACUCCGGCUCCGCCGGUCGCGGCGGCGACCGGAAGAGCAAGGGCAAGGGCGGCUCCGGCGGCGCCCGCCGCGAUAAAGCCGCCGCGGAUGUGGAGGACGAUGGGCCGACGCGUAAGCCUCCACCCAAGGCUAAGCAUAAGCCUCCGGUGUUGUCGGUGGAUGGGAAUGACGGUCGCCGCGGUGUGAGCUCGUCGUUUGAUAAGUUCAGGAACUUGCCGAAGCUUCCUCUGGUGAAGGCGAGCGCGCUGGGUGUCUGGUACGUGGAGGCGGAGGAGCUGGAGGCGAAGGUGGUUGGAGAGAAAGGGAAGAAGUUGGAGGUGAGCAAUGUGGAUGAGUGGAAGGCUGUUGUCGAGGAGAAGAGGAAGCUCGGGGAGAGACUGAUGGCGCAGUAUGCGCAGGAUUACGAAUCCUCCAGGGGGCAGAGCGGGGACGUCAAGAUGGUUGUCACGACGCAGAGGUCGGGGACAGCUGCAGAUAAGGUGUCUGCCUUCUCGGUCAUGGUUGGGGAUAAUCCGAUCGCGAACCUGCGGUCGCUCGAUGGGCUAAUUGGAAUGGUGACUUCAAAAGUGGGGAAACGUCAUGCUUUAACUGGCUUUGAAGUACUGAAAGAAUUGUUCAUUUCAAGUCUAUUACCUGAACGUAAGCUGAAGACCCUCUUGCAGAGGCCACUAAAUCAUCUCCCAGAGACAAAGGAUGGCUACUCCCUCCUACUCUUUUGGUACUGGGAAGACUGCUUAAAGCAGAGGUAUGAGCGUUUUAUUGUUGCACUUGAGGAAGCAUCAAGGGAUAUGCUACCCAUUCUGAAGGACAAGGCCUUGAAGACCAUGUAUGCACUCCUGAAGAAUAAAUCAGAACAGGAGCGUCGAUUGCUCUCAGCUCUUGUCAACAAACUCGGGGAUCCUCAAAAUAAGGGUGCAUCCAAUGCUGACUAUCACUUAUCCAGCCUUUUGUCGGAACACCCAAACAUGAAGGUGGUAGUCAUUGAUGAGGUGGACUCCUUUCUCUUUCGCCCACACCUGAAUAUACGGGCGAAGUAUCAUGCUAUUAAUUUCCUUAGCCAAAUUCGUCUUAGUAACAAAGGAGAUGGACCAAAGGUGGCAAAAAGAUUGAUAGAUGUGUACUUUGCUGUGUUUAAGGUGUUGAUUACUGAGGCUGGUAGUGGUCAGAAAAAAGCUAAAAGCAGCAAAAAGGAGCGAAAGGGGGCCUCUGGUUCUGAGGGGGAAAAAGAAAAAGAUGCAUCAGAGGCUCAUGUUGAAUUAGACUCAAGGAUACUAUCAGUCUUGUUAACUGGGGUGAACAGAGCAUUUCCCUAUGUUUCAAGCAAUGAGGCUGAUGACAUUGUUGAGGUCCAGACACCACUGCUCUUCCAACUGGUUCACUCAAAUAAUUUUAAUGUAGGAAUACAAGCUCUGAUGCUUCUUGACAAAAUCUCAUCCAAGAAUCAGAUAGUCAGUGACCGGUUUUACCGUGCCUUAUACUCAAAACUUCUACUUCCUUCUGCCAUGAAUUCUUCCAAGGCAAAAAUGUUUAUUGGUCUACUUCUAAGAGCCAUGAAAAGUGAUGUGAAUUUAAAGCGUGUGGCUGCUUUUUCAAAGCGUCUUUUGCAGGUUGCACUGCAGCAGCCACCUCAAUAUGCCUGUGGAUAUCUUUUUCUUCUCUCUGAGCUUCUUAAAGCCAGACCUCCUUUGUGGAAUGUAGUACUCCAGAGUGAGUCGGUUGAUGAAGAGCUAGAACAUUUCGAAGACAUUGUUGAAGAAGCUGACAACAAAGAAAUCAAUGAUUCAAGAGAAGAAAAUAAUUUUGCCUCGAUUGUUGAUGAUUCUGUGAAGGAUGAUGAUUCCUCAGAGGAGGAGGAGGAUGGCUUGCCCAUCUCUUCUGAUGAUGAUGAUGAACUCUCUGACGAAGCAGCUGAGUUGCUUAUAAAGAAUGUAUCUUCAAAUACUCGGGGAGUUGAAUUAUCUAAAAAUAAAAUUGACCAGUCUGGAGUAAAUUCGACAGGUUCGUUGCUUCCUGGAGGGUAUAAUCCCAGGCACAGAGAGCCGUCUUACUGCAAUGCAGAUCGUGGAAGUUGGUGGGAGCUCACGGUACUUGCUUCACAUGUUCAUCCAUCAGUCGCUACCAUGGCUCGGACACUAUUGUCUGGGGCCAACAUUGUGUACAAUGGAAACCCAUUAAACGACCUCUCACUUCCGGCCUUCUUAGACAAAUUAAUGGAAAAGAAACCCAAGCAAAGCUCAUGGCAUGGUGGUUCCCAAAUUGAACCUGCCAAGAAGCUUGAUAUGAACAAUCAGUUAAUUGGGCCAGAAAUUUUGUCACUGGCUGAAACGGACGUUCCCCCUGAAGAUCUAGUUUUUCACAAAUUUUAUAUAAAUAAAAUGAAUUCCUCAAAGACACAAAAGAAGAAAAAGAAGAAAGGAGCAGAAGAAGAAGCUGCUGAGGAGCUAUUUGAUGUGGACGAUGCAGAGGUGGAUGGCGGAGAUGAGAGCGAUAAUGAAGAGAUUGAAAAUAUGUUGGACUCUGCUGACAUUUCCUUCGAUGGAGAUGGUGAAUAUGAUUAUGAUGACUUGGAGAGAGUUGCUGCAGAAGAUGAUGAUGAUUUGGCUGGUGAUGCUAGCGAGGAAGAGAUUGAUCUUCCGUUCGAUGUGGAUGAGGAAGAAGAGGAUGAUAUUGGCCCUAUCGAAGAUGACAGAAGUGACGUUGAACAUGACAACGACAACGACGACGACGACGUGGCAAUUGGGGAAGCAGAUGAUGAAACUGACGAAGGAGAAGAUAGCCCCCACCAGAGAAAAGGGAAGAGGAAAUCUAGUGGGAAGACAUCGGCAUCCCCCUUUGCCAGUCUUGAAGAUUACGAACAUUUAUUAAAUGAGGAUACCGAGGAUCCUGGCUCGCAGAAGUUCACCAAAAAGAAGUCAAAAUCACGAAAGAAAGCUAGGUCAUCCAAGUGAUUUUUAGAAGCCGAUUUGCAGAUGCAGGGGAUGAACAUUGACACACUUUCAAAAUCUGUUAAACGGUGGCACGACUGGCGACUCUCUUACAGUUGCGCAUGGAUAUUAAUCAGAGGGAGGGAGGAUAAGGGGAGCAAUUGAGGUAGCAAUCACGCUUUUCGGUUUGUUUCUACCUCCUUCCUCUCGUGUUUUGAUUAAUCUGAGGAAAGAUGAAUUAUCACAUUUUUUUCAAUGUUUGUGAUAAUUUUUGGCAGAGUUUGUAUCCCUGAUUUAGUACACACCAAUGAAGAAAAAGUAUCCUUUCUUCUA